AAAAGGAAGCAAACGGAAACCUAGCUUUUUACAGUUAAUACGCGAGAGUAAAGCCACAUGCGCAUGCCUGUACACGUGCUAAGCAAGCAGCCGGUUAUCUAGCCGCAUACGUGCUAGCGCCUCCUAGCUUUUUAUCACCGAUGCCUCACUUCGCAUUUCCUCAUGCGAAAACCUCCAGAAAGCUCAAAACACAGCGCAGCAAUAAACGCCCCAUUUCAAACCCCCACGCUCUCUACCUCACCGCUCACCGCCCCCCGCAUCUUUAUAGCUUAGAAAUAAACAAGAAAAGCUUUUGCAACGUAAUCAACAAUUUUUACGGUCCGAUCGUCGCCGGAAAAAACUGAAUCUCCAUAAUUCUGAUGCUUUCCGUUUCCAGUCCGCCCACGCAGGAACCCUACAUCAGAAAACCCAGAAGCCCGCCAGACGGCGUCCAUCCUUGCAAGAAUUCAUUCAACUCGCUUUACUCUCUCCUUUCGCAUUCCUACUUUAAUCAAUCACGCGCAUGGCUUCUCCUCUCGGUUCUCCUUUUCCAGAUCAUCCUCUUCCUUAGCCUCCGUUCUGUUCCCCUCUCUUUUUCCCACCGCCACCAUCACUUCCCCUCUCCCUCCACAGCCCCCCACCACGUUAACAUCCCUACCCCCACCAUUAUCAGUUCCACUGAAGUCACUACUGCUGCUGAUGAUAUUGAUGAAUGUGGAUUAGGAAGAGUCUUCGUAUAUGAUCUACCCAGUGCGUUCAACACUGAAUUAAUUCGAAGUUGCGAUGGUUUAAAUCCAUGGAGUUCUAGGUGUGAUGCGUUGGAGAAUGACGGUUUUGGCCAGAGGGCUACCGGACUUUCUGGGAUUGUGCCGGAAAGUCUGGCACCGGCCUGGUACUGGACCGACCAAUUUGUUUUGGAGAUUAUAUUUCAUAAUCGGAUUUUGAAGCACAAGUGUAGGACUACAGAGCCAAAGAAUGCAACUGCGUUUUAUAUACCGUUUUAUGCAGGACUUGCGGUGGGAAAGUUUUUGUGGUUUAACUACACUGCCAAAGACCGUGAUCGGCACUGUGAUAAGAUGCUGAAGUGGGUUCAAGAUCAACCGUACUACAAUAAAUCAAACGGCUGGGAUCACUUCCUCGCGAUGGGGCGUAUCUCAUGGGAUUUUCGACGGUCAAAAGAGGAGGAUUGGGGUUCCAGCUGCAUUUACAUGCCAGGUAUGAGAAAUAUUACUCGCCUCUUGAUUGAGCGAAAUCCGUGGGAUUAUUUCGACGUCGGUGUGCCUUACCCAACUGGAUUCCACCCGAGAUCAGACGCCGAUAUCCUGCAGUGGCAGGAGUUUGUCCGUACGCGUAAUCGUACGAAUCUCUUCUGCUUCGCCGGAGCCAAACGCCGCUCUAUCAAAAACGAUUUCAGAGGUCAAUUGCUAAGCCACUGUCACAACGAGUCGGACUCAUGCCGAGUCGUGGACUGUGGCGGAGCUAAGUGCUCUAACGGCACAUCGGCAAUUCUGGAAACGUUUUUGGAUUCCGAUUUCUGUUUGCAGCCGAGAGGCGAUAGUUUCACUCGCAGGUCCAUUUUUGAUUGCAUGUUAGCCGGUUCGAUUCCGGUUUUGUUCUGGAGACGAACCGCUUAUUACCAGUAUGAGUGGUUUUUACCUGGUGAACCGGAGAGUUACUCUGUUUUUAUACACCGAAACGAUGUAAAAAAUGGCACCUCCGUGCGCAAAGUGUUAGAGAGUUACAGUAAAGAAGAGGUAAGGAAAAUGAGAGAAAAAGUAAUCGAUCAUAUACCCAAAUUCGUAUACGCAAGAUCCCACAAUGGGUUAGAGAGUAUAAAAGACGCAUUUGAUGUCGCCAUAGAUGGAGUAUUAAGGAGGUUCAAGGAGCAAGAGGAGGAUGGUUACAAAUGGUAAUAACAGUGAUAAUUAUGAGGGUAUAUCAGGGAAUCUAAAUUCCCAAGUUGUAGAAUAGAUUAUUUUUAUUUCUUCUUUCAAUUUUUGAUAAAAUUUCCUCAGAGUGAGGCAGAUACUCAUACUGUUAUACCCGUAUUGAUUUGGUUGUGAAGAGAAAAGAUUCCAGAGUUGCAGGUAUUGUGUGGUUGGUGGUGGAGGUAAAUUUAAUAAGAGACCGCAAGCAGGACCACUGAACCACCAACUCGAUGGUCCUCUUAUCUUUGUUAAUUGGUAUACACAUAUUACUUGGAUGAACGGCCAUGAUCAGCUACCAGAAUAUUAAACAUAAAUGAUAAGGUUGAAGGUAGUAAUAAUGUACAAAAAUAAGUUCAAUUUUUUGCAAAUUUACAUUUACAUGGGAUUCAAAUGUAUCUAUUUAUAUUCAGUUUUGUUAAUUAGAUUCGCUUUUGUUGCUCAUCACUGUUUUAGUGUGAUAGCUGUAACACACAUUAUAUGUACGCAUCCAUAGCGUUGCUUUUCAUUUUUAUGAUAUUAUGUUGAAGAACAAUUAUUAUUAUUAUUACUA